ACCAGUUUGGGACAAACUCAGCAGCAGAUGGACCUGCCUUUUGUAGUCUGAAAGCACCCAGAGGCCAGAGGCUCUCCAGUGGUGCCUCGGCAGACCGGCCUAGAAUUCUGACCACGGGGCUGGAGUAAGACCAGGCAUCCCGGCAGUGGGGGGCUGCCUUGCCGCCUCGCUGCCUCUGGGGUGGUACCGGAGCCGGAGCUGGGAGCCCCCUGUGCUCCUGGGUGCCUCCGUUGGCCAAACUGACGGCGGGGACUAGGGACUGGGUCUGAUCAGCACAGCCGUCUCCCAAUGCCUCUGGCCCCUUCCAGAGGCCAACAGCAGGGUGGGCGCCACCGGCAGCCGUGAGGUCCAGCCUCUCUUCUGUGUGCCACAGAAGCCUGGCCACCUGACUGGUCUGAUCUGGGGACUGGGCCUAGUCCCUGCUGGCUGUUGUAAGCAGGUAAAGGACUCGCGUGGCUCCCAGAGCAAGGGUUACGCCCCAGCGGCUUCUCGCUCUCUUGAGGCGGGGGCCGCCUGCAGCGCUGGCCCCAGGACCCAGAGGCAGGUUCUGAGGUGCGCCCCUCCGGGUCUCGCAAGCGGCAGACUUGAGGCUGCGGCCCGCAUUGCUUCUACAAUCGGUGCAUGUUCCUCGCUGACGUCAGUCGGAGCUGUCCUGGAGCUAUAUAAGGCUGGCGGCGGUCCCGGGACAGACCCCGUGGUCCCCACAGCGCCCUCAGCCCGCCCGAGGGACAGAGAGCGGAGCCCCGUCCUGCGGCGUGCAGACACUCUCCGGCAACCUGUGAGUGGCUCGGAGCAUCCGCCCUGACUCCCUCAGCACCAGGACUUGGCGCUCAGCUCAGCCACCACCGCUCGCCCAAGGGGAGAGGGGGAGAGAGGGAGGAUCGGGCUGGGCAGCGGCUGGGGCUGGAGGGAAGGCUGUGGGUACCAGGCGGCAGGCGCAGGGGAGCUGGAUGCGCGCGGGAAGGGGAGUGGUGCCACCCGCGACUGCCCCGGGCGCACCUCACCCCGCGCUGCCCCUGUGUGUCCAGGGCCGGCGGCACCAUGAAGCAGGGGGGACGCGCGGCACUGCUGGUGGCGCUGCUGCUCCUGGCACAGCAGCGCCCGGGGAGCAGCCGGUGGAGCCCGGGGGCGGCGGCGGCCGGGGUCCGGGACCCGAGUCUGCGCUGGAGCCCCGGGGCGCGGAACCAGGACGGCGGGGCCCGCGCGCUGCUCUUGCUGCUGGCCGAGCGCUUCCCGCGCCGCGCGGGGCCCGGCCGGUGGAGAUCCCGGACCGCGGGCGAGCGGCCGAGACGGGACGACCCUCCGCUGUCCAUUGAUCUCACCUUCCACCUGCUGCGGACCCUGCUGGAGCUGGCGCGGACACAGAGCCAGCGGGAGCGCGCCGAGCAGAACCGCAUCAUAUUCGAGUCGGUGGGCAAGUGAUCGGCGCGGUCUGCAGCCACGAGAACCUCGACCCCCGUCCCCCACCCCCGGGCCGGGACGUGCGCGACUGGAACUGACCCAGUCCCGCGGGCUAGAGCGGCCCAGGGAUGCCCGCAGCACUCUGUACGUCACCAAUUUUUAAUAAAAGUGCUGAAGAGCCUUUGGCCUCGGUUGUGGGGCGCAGGGAAGCACAGCAGGGUGGGAGCCCGUGGAAAAGUGUGGCCUCCCAGGCCGGCGAGAGGGUACCGGAUGCUCCACGAGGACUCC